GACCUGCUUCUUGGGAGGGAAGGUGGCAAAACCUGUUUGAAGAUGAGGCUGCCUCCCUUCCACACCUCCCUCUUCCAUAGAGGCCAGAGCAACAAAGGCUGGGACCUAAAAGGGUCAAGAAGGGUUGGGGGCUGGAACAGCCAGUUCCCCAGCAACUACUAAGUGUUUGAAAAAGACAGAAAGACUGUGAAGAUGGAAACUGUACAAGAGGCAGGGAAAAAGACAUCAGACCUCGGGGUCAGGGAGAAUGCAGAAGAGCCAGAGCCAGGAGCAGCCCUGAAACUCGGGGAACUGGAGCUGAAGGAAGAAUGGCAGGAUGAAGAAUUCCCUGGAUUGCUGCCUGAGGAGCCCGGACCUUCUGAAGAGCCUGACAAUUCUCAGAGAGACUCCCAGGCAGCUACCCCCAGCACUUUAGCCCUGUGUGGCCAGCGCCCCAUGCGGAAGCGCCUGUCAGCCCCGGAACUGAAGCUAAAUCUGCUAGAGGAGCCUGGGGAUGAGGGAGCUUCUCCCACCCACUCCGCAGCUUCUUCUGAAGGCAGCUCAGACCUGGAUGUAGAUGAAUUGGAGACACCUUCAGACUCGGAGCAGCUGGACAGUGGGCAUGAAUUUGAAUGGGAAGAUGACCUGCCCCGGGCAGAAGGCCUGGGGGCCAGCGAGGCAGCGGAAAGGCUGGGCCAAGGUUGCGUCUGGGAUGUGGCCGGAGGAAAUGGUCAUCGCUGGAGGGUGUUCCGAACAGGAACUCGGGAGCACCAUGUGGACAUGACUGUCAUUGAGCCCUAUAAGAAAGUCCUGUCUCACGGAGGUUACCAUGGCGAUGGCCUCAAUGCGGUCAUCCUCAUUGCUUCCUGUUACCUACCCCAGAGCAGCAUCCCCAACUACACCUAUGUCAUGGAACACUUGUUUAGGUAUAUGGUGGGAACUCUGGAGUUGCUGGUGGCUGAAAAUUAUCUACUUGUUCACCUGAGUGGAGGCACAAGCAGGGCCCAGGUUCCGCCUUUGAGCUGGAUCCGCCAGUGUUACCGCGCCCUGGACCGGCGCUGUCUUUUCAGUUCCAAGUUCACUCGAAAGAUCCGUUUUCUGGACAGCCUGGGGGAAUUAGGCCAGCUCAUCUCCCUAGACCAACUUCACAUCCCUGAUGCUGUCAGACAGUUGGACAGGGAUCUUCAUGGCUCAAGAGAGAUGCAAAAAAGGCCUUAAAACCGAGCAAAGAAAGUGAUCUACAUGCAUCCUAAUCCCCGAGCUGUUUUGCAAAGCGUCUCAUCCUGACGCGCAGACCCGCUCUGUCCCCCGACCUUCACUUCUCAGCGGACCCCUCCCAAAUUCACAAUGGAACGCUUCCACCACCUGCCUUUCUUGGCUGUGAAGCACUCUGAGCUUGGGAGUACUCAGUGCUGCUGGGGAUAGAUGGGGCUGUGCACAGUGGUAUUGGGUGGAACUCUGGGUUUGAAUCCUGCUUUUGCUGUAGAGCUGCCUGCUCUUCGGUUCUCCUCUUGCUCUGUAAAUGAAGGGACUGUACUCCUCUCUCCACCUUGGUAUCCUAGCAGUCUCUGAGGGCAGCUGAUGGACAGGAUGGGCCUAACUGACCUCAAUCAGACUCCCAUUUGGAGUCCCGGGAGAAGGGAGACAGCUCGCAAAAUCUUGAAGAACCCCUGCCUGCCGAUUUCUCCUGUCAUGUCUGCGCCUGUGAGCCUGGGAAGGAUACUUUUGUCCAUGCUGUCCGUGUAGUUAUGAAUAAAC